CUCUCUCUCUGAAGCAAAGCAGAAUCUCUUGGAAAAGAUGGUCCUGGAAACUCUGAAUCCAAUGCACUACAACAUCACCAGCCUUGUUCAAGAUACGAUGCCAGUGGCCACAGUGCCCAUACUCCUUCUCAUGUGCUUUCUGUUUCUCGUAUGGAAUCAUGAAGAAACUUCAUCAAUACCAGGGCCAGGAUACUGCAUGGGAAUCGGCCCCCUCAUUUCUCACGGGAGAUUUCUCUGGAUGGGAGUAGGUAAUGCCUGCAACUACUACAAUAAGACAUAUGGAGACUUUGUGAGAGUUUGGAUCAGCGGUGAAGAAACAUUUAUAAUUAGCAAAUCCUCAAGUGUAUUCCAUGUAAUGAAACACUGGCAUUAUGUGUCUCGAUUUGGAAGCAAGCUUGGAUUGCAGUGCAUUGGCAUGUAUGAAAAUGGGAUCAUAUUUAAUAACAACCCAGCGCACUGGAAGGAAAUUCGACCCUUUUUCACCAAAGCUCUGUCAGGUCCUGGUCUGGUUCGUAUGAUAGCAAUUUGUGUGGAGUCAACAGUGGAUCACCUGGACAAACUGGGGGAAGUGACAACUGAACUAGGAAACAUCAACGUGUUGAACCUCAUGAGACGGAUCAUGCUUGACACAUCUAACAAGCUUUUUCUUGGGAUCCCUUUGGAUGAAAAUGCCAUUGUACUGAAGAUUCAAAAUUACUUUGAUGCUUGGCAAGCACUUUUAUUAAAGCCUGACAUAUUUUUUAAGAUUUCUUGGCUGUGCAAGAAAUAUGAAGAUGCAGCCAAGGAUCUUAAAGGAGCAAUGGAAACCUUAAUAGAGCAGAAACGGCAAAAGCUUUCCACUGUUGAAAAGUUGGAUGAACACAUGGAUUUUGCAUCCCAGCUGAUUUUUGCACAGAACAGAGGGGAUCUGACUGCUGAGAAUGUGAACCAGUGCGUGCUGGAGAUGAUGAUUGCUGCUCCUGAUACUCUGUCUGUGACUCUCUUCUUUAUGCUAAUACUGAUUGCAGAGCACCCCACAGUGGAAGAGGAGAUGAUGAGAGAAAUUGAAACUGUUGUGGGUGACAGAGACAUACAAAGUGAGGACAUGCCAAACUUAAAAAUCGUGGAGAACUUUAUUUAUGAGAGCAUGAGAUACCAACCAGUUGUGGACUUGAUCAUGAGGAAAGCUUUACAAGAUGAUGUAAUUGAUGGAUACCCUGUGAAAAAGGGGACAAAUAUUAUCCUCAACAUCGGUCGCAUGCAUAAGCUUGAAUUCUUUCCAAAGCCAAAUGAGUUUUCUCUUGAAAAUUUUGAGAAAAAUGUCCCUUCACGCUAUUUCCAACCCUUUGGAUUCGGCCCCCGGAGCUGUGUAGGGAAGUUUAUUGCCAUGGUAAUGAUGAAAGCAAUUCUGGUGACUCUUCUAAGGAGGUGCAGAGUACAGACAAUGAAAGGAAGAGGCCUUAACAACGUCCAGAAAAACAAUGACUUAUCCAUGCACCCCAUAGAAAGGCAGCCUCUGCUGGAGAUGGUUUUCACGCCAAGAAGAAACACAAACGAGAGUCAGGGUGACUAAAAUGGAUCAGCAUUAGUUACAGGGCUUUCUCAGCCACAGCCACUAAGAAAUACUCAUCAUUCCUAGUUAAAUACUUAGAGUCAAACAUUUUGUUGCCCCUAAAUGACUACAACGUCAGAUGACAACUUGUUCUGCCUGUACAGCAGAACCACAGGCCACAGUUCAAAAGAUAUGCAUAAUUCCUGACUACUUUUUAAAACCAAGUUCGAAGUUAUGCCUUCCCUUUCAAAUACUGCAAGUUCAGAGAUUUGGGGUCAACAGAAGAACAUGCCUGAUGUAGGUUUAAUUCUGGCACUACAUGUGUCCUUUUCCCCCCCACCUCCCCAAAGUUUAGCAGUAUUUGACUACUCCAAAAAUUCCAAUCAUCUGUUUUUUAAAACAGCUGAAUGAGUAAAAUUAAAGUUAAUUUUAAGACUAAGAAACACUUGAAAAUAUUUAGGAUAUAUGUAAGUUACAAAAAAAUGUUUGAAGAAGUCAUUCAAACAUUUAUUUUUACCAUGUUUUCCUGUCAUACCAAAGACUUACAGUGUCAGACAGAUUUUACCAAAAGAAGUAAUUUUCAGAGUGUUUGGGUAAUAACAGGAGUUGAGAUAACUGUUCUGUGUUUUUAAAACCCAGUCUCCUGCUGCAGAACAUCUGAAACAUCUUAGUAAGACCAGCUGAGAAUGAGGUAAUGAAUAUGAAACAUUAACAUGAGUGUUACAUGGAGGGGUAACGCUCACCCUCACCUCAUCUGGUUAAUUGCAGAAAUCUCCCACCUCACUUCAGUUUAGUAAAGAAGUUUAAAUUCUCUCCGAGCUAAGUUGUAUCAAAUCCUUUCUGAUUAGAUUUUAAUUGCUCAGUUCUACUUCAGACAGUAAGAUUUGGAGUUGUUGCCCAUGUUCCCACACCACAGCACGGGAGUGUGUCCCUCCCUAAUUAUCCAAAUAGCCCCUGUUUCUUCUCCUGUAAGAGCACUGGGCUGUAUCCUGCUCUCAAGAAUCUUCCUUUAUGCCCACUGACAUAGAGAGAUUCAGCAGCAUAAGAAAAACAAAACUGUCUGAAGACGCAAAUUUCACUGGAUAAAUGCUCGCAGUUUUUUAGUGGCAAGGGAGAAAAUUUCUGAAAUAACAAGCAGAUUUCUAGAGAACAUUUUUAAAGGUGUUUUGCACACGCAGGUUUUUGUUUUAAUUAUAAACUAGGCUUACGUUUAUACUCAGUCCUUAACAGGAAAAAGAUAAAAAACUAUCCAAGAUGUCUUGCUCAAAACUGACCUGUCUUGAAGUCUGUACAACCUGGGCAUUGAUAUCUCUACUUGCCUAAUGAUGAGUUGGUAGUUUGGUCAAGAAGAAAGAUCUUCCUGGCUUAACAACAACACUCCUUGACAGAGACUUUGCAUUUUCAUUAAGCCUGAGUUUUCAUACUGUGUAACACAAAGAAAGGGAUUUUCUGGAUGAAGUGCCUUGAUAAAGACAACCAACCAAUGUACAAUAGGAUUUAUAUUAAUCUUUUCCUUCCAAGUCAUUUAAACUAUAAAAAGAAAGAAAAAAAGAGGAAAAAAAGGAGAAAAAUUGUUCACAUCUUUUACUUUGAAAAUAUAAUUACAAUUAAUUACAUUAAUUAAUCUGUUCCUUCAGACCACUGAUCUCAGAUGCAGGUCCAGCAGAGGAAGAUCUAUCCAGUACCAUAUGAAAACUGCAUAAACCCAACAAAUAAUCAUUUGUUCCAACCCAGGGUAAUGAAUUAGGCUGGUGGUCUAGGAUGAGGAGAGGAGCUGCAUAUUUAGAUCAAUUCUCAAAACAGUAUGCAAAUUUUCUAGAGUAAUUUAAAAAAAAAAAUCAGACUUCAAGCAGAAUAAUUUAUUGCAGCCAGGUUACUUUUAAAGCUUCCUCCGUAACAUUUGCAUUGUACCCAAAAGUGACAACUGUGAAGUGCAAUCCCACACCACCUGUACAUACAGAUGAAAUUUGGCAUUUGAAGACACAUAGAAAUAGGAUUUAAUGUCUAAACUCAAUGGUCUUUUCCAGCCUAAGGGAUUCUACAGUUCUAGGAUUACUAUUUUUUAAGGCAUGAAGUGAUACCGUGGUAUGAAUCUUUGGAAUAUCUAAUGUAAUCCCUAUUUUUACAUUCUCUGUAUCCUUUAAACUAGGAUAUUGUUAGAGUAGCUGGGAGAAGAAAAAAAAUCAACAAAAACGCCCAAUCACGGUUAAAUCCCAUUCUUACUCAUUCUGUAUUAUAAAACACUCCAGGGUACUUCAGUGGACAAACAUUUCUCAUUUGUAUGAGAACUCCAAAACCAAAUCCACUGAAGGGAGGUUUUUUCCUUAGGAUUAAACAACUAUUUUAUACACAGGAUGCAUCUUUGCUUAUUUCACACACAAAAGCAUUUUUUGUAGUGAUGAAUUACUCUCUGAUAUUCCCAUCUCAUAAUUAUAGGUCUCUCCCAAGUAAAACUUUUCUCAAGGUUGGAAUUAAUAAAUUCUCAUUCAAAUUUUGAAAUAAUUACAUGAAAUCAAAUAGAUAGAAAGUGCAUGCUGAUCUGAUUUCUUGAAUGUAUUACAUUUUGUUGAAUUUGUAGGCUGGAAUUUCAGAAAUAUGAUUACCAUAAUUACUCUAUGAAGGAAAUGAAGCAGUAUAAUUUUUUACUUUUUUGUAAGCAAGCCUACAAAAUUAUUUCCCAUUGUAUUUUAAGUAUAUUCCUCUGAUAUGCUUUGCACAUAGUCUUUCUGGUCUUCAGAUUUCUACAGUACUUAGUUUUGUCCGCAUUUGGACACAGCAGACCUGUUAAUGAAUCUGAGCUGUUUAAUCUGAGCCAUUAGCUCUUCUGAGUUCCAUUCUCCCUGACUUGAUUAUGGCUGUUACACAGUGGUCUAUUUGCAUGAAUAUUUGCACUAAAAGGUCCUUUUUCCCUUCCCAUACACCGACAUCUGCUUGAGAACUGCAGUUGGUGAAGCAGCAUUUCAAAGCUUGCCAUGUGGAUAUGAACAGUUUCCAUCUUUUCAAUGUACAUACACCACUGUACAGAACAGAGCUCUGAUUUUAAAUGGUGUUUUAUUACCAGGUACUGUAAAAAUGUGACUUUUUAACCACACAAAGUCUACUGUCAUCCAGUGACUAUUCCAUGAAUGUUCAAUACAUUGACACAGAACAAACCUGACGAUUUUGUUUUAUACAUCACUGUGAUUAUGAGCUGCUCACAGGGCAUAAAUGUAGAUGUUGUUAGAAAAUGAAACAAUGAUCAAAUAAAAGUUGUAUGCACAAAACCAA